CCAAUUAUCCAUCGGUUGUACCACAAGAUACAGAUGUUCCUUCUUCAGUGAAACCGAAAUGUACGACGCCAAAGAUUGACGAAAGUCUGACAACCAGCAACUGUUCCGUUGGAGAAGUGGAGUCUGGUACCUACUGUACAUAUCACUGUGCAGAAGGUAUCACAAUGCAGGGGGACCCGACUGUUUCAUGUGGAGCCAAUGGGAAUUGGAAUCAGGUGUCACCGAGAUGCAGUGCUACUCUUGAACGCGAUUGUAGCGACGCCGUGGACAAAGGUUAUACAAAGAGUGGUAUUUAUUUGGUGCAACCUACGGACAAUGGGGAACCUUUUGAAGUGUUCUGUGAUAUGGAUACAGAUUAUGGUGGCUGGACGGUGUUUCAACGGCGUCAGGAUGGCUCUGUUAACUUCUUCAGGCUCUUUGCGGAGUACCAGGAGGGCUUUGGUAACUUAGAGGGUGAAUUCUGGCUAGGCAAUGAUAAACUGCAUCGUCUGACAUCACAGACCAAUUACGAGCUACGGGUGGACUUGGAGGAUUUCGAGGGUGGAUCAGCUUACCAAGUCUACCGCACGUUCAAUAUUGGAGACGUCGAUAGUAACUACAGGCUUUCGGUUUCAUCGUCUACCGGAACUGCAGGUGACUCUUUGUACGGUCACAACAACAUGCCGUUCUCAACCAAAGAUAAAGACAACGAUAGACACUCUACAGAAAACUGCGCAUAUCGUUCCCACGGCGCCUGGUGGUACAAGUCGUGUCUGUCAAGCAACUUGAAUGGAUGGUAUCUGGGCCCGGACAAGACGGAACCAGGUAAAGGUGUUGCUUGGUACUCAUUGAAGGACUCAAGCUACUCUAUGAAGAAAUCAGAGAUGAAGAUCAGAUUCCUUGGACUUUAA